AUGGACCAAGAACAAAAAAAGAAAAUUAGGGCUAGGUCAUCCAAUUUCACAAACGAAGAAAAAAUAUUAAUUGCGAAUAUAUGUGCCGAUUAUAAACAUGUAAUUGAAAACAAAAAGACUGACCAUAUCACAUCCAAGGAGAAAGCACAGGCUUGGCUAAAUAUUGCCAAAAAAUUUAACGCAGCUUCGCCAGAUGGUAUCUAUAGAGGGGCGGAUUGUUUAAAACGCUUCUUUGAAAAUAAAAAAAAAGAGGUUAGAAAAAUAGCAGCUGAGGAGAAAAAAGAAAUAUUUCUUACUGGAGGUGGCAUUCCUAAAAUAAUCAAAAAGGAUCCUUGUCAUGAUGUGGUGUUAUCUAUCAUGAACACCAAAUCAGUGUUUGGAUUAGAUAAUGGAGGAUUAGAUGGGGAUGGAAUACGUCCAAAGGAAUGUUCAGGAAACCAAACUCGAAACCAAAUCACAGGUGCAGGCGAUACUACUACUGAUACCGUCAUUGAAUUGGAGUACAUGGAUCAAGAGAUCGAAGAUGAUAUGCAAAUCAAUCAAGAAAUCAGUGAUAAUAAUGUACAAGGAGCAGAUGAAAAUGAAAUAAUUUUCCAGAUAGAGGAAUGGGACCAAACAGCUUCAAACAUUACAAAUCUAGAGAAUAACAUCAAUAAUAUACCAAGUACUAGUUGGAAAAACUAUAAACCCAAAAAUUUGAUUGAACCCAUUACACCAGCAUUAAAAAGAAAGCCAGAAAUAAAAGAUGCUGAAACUGCCACACCUACCAGAAAAAAAUGUCUCUCAAGCUCCCGGCGACGUCCAUCAGGGGCAGUUAAAGCCCUUACGACUUCUGAACUCUCAGAUAAAUAUAAUACUUUGGUGGAUAAAAGGCUGCAAAUAGCCGAUUUUGAAAUCAAGAAACAUGAAAUGGAGAUACACCAACUUGACAAGGAAAAUAAACUCAAAAUUCAACUUUUAGAAUUGCAAAUAAAUGUGGAAAAACAAAAGUUGCAGGGGCUCAUGUAA